UUUUUUUUUUUCUUUUUUCUUAUUGUUAUUAGUUUACAAUAAUGUCAGCUUUCAUUCGCCCUAUUGCCAAACCACUAAAGUUUGUUAGAGCUUUUUCUGCUUCUUCAGCUCGCUCUGAUUUAAAUAAAAUUCAAUUGAUUGGACGUGUUGGAAGUGAUCCUACUACAACUGAAUAUGAUCAACGUCACGUCAGUAAUUAUACAGUUGCUACUUCAGAAACAAGAGCUGAUAAAGAGGGCAAUUUAAUUAAACGUACUCAAUGGCAUCGUGUUACUUAUUGGCAUAAGAAUGAUUGGUUUUCAAAGAUUAAGAAGGGUGAUUUAGUCUAUGUUGAAGGUACACUGAGAUAUAAAGAUUAUGUCGAUAAAGAGGGAAAUCCAAGAACAAAAGCUGAAAUUGAUCAAACUGGAUUUAAGUUAAUAAGUCCUAAAAAAUCCAAUCAAGAAGAAGAAGUAGCAGAAGAAGAAGAAGAUGAAUAAAGUGCUUUAUAAGACAUGCGUAAUGUAAUGUAUACGUAUCAUUGUCAUUAAAAAAGAAGGAAUUUUCCUUAAUUGCUUUUUUUUUUUGGAAAA